AUGAGGAAUAUGACGAUAAUCACAGAAAUAUUGCUGUUAGGAAUUCCAAGUCUUCAACAAUAUAAGUUUCUAACUUUCUCUCUGUUCCUUGUGAUUUACUGUGUGACAAUAUGGGGGAACCUCCUGAUCAUCUCAUUGGUGGUGCACAGCAAGAAUCUCCAUUCUCCUAUGUACAUCUUCCUUACCCAACUUUCUGUGUGUGACAUUUUGGUGGCCACAGAUAUUGUCCCCAAUAUGCUUUAUGUGGUCUUCAAUGAUGGAGGCCUCAUUUCUCUCUUAGGCUGUAUUACUCAGUAUUUAAUCUUUUGCACCUCAGUAACCUCAGAGUGUCUCCUUCUGACAGUCAUGUCUUAUGACCGCUAUUUGGCCAUAUGUAACCCACUGCAUUACAAUGCUAUAAUGAGUCACAUGUUUAGUUUUAAAUUAGUUCUCAUGUGCUGGGUAUUAAGUUUUCUAUUACUACUAUCUCAAGCUAUACCAUCAUUUAACCUAUGGUUUUGUGGUCCACAUGUGAUUGACCAUUUUUUCUGUGAUUUUUUUCCUUUGAUUGAACUUUCCUGCUCAGAUACUUAUGCCUUUCAAAUGGAAACUAAGUUGCUCUCUAUACCUAUAGUUAUCAUGCCGUUCUUAAUCAUUUUUAUUUCCUAUAGCUACAUAAUUUUCACCAUCCUAAGAAUUCCAUCACUUACUGGCAGACGUAAGGCCUUCUCUACCUGCAGCUCUCACCUAGUCGUUGUCUCUAUAUAUUAUGGCACCAUAACAAGUAUUUAUUCAGUACCUACGAAAGAAAAUCCACAAAGUUUAAGUAAACUCCUGUCUCUGCUGUACACUGUGGUAACACCAAUAAUUAACCCAAUCAUAUAUAGCUUCAGAAAUAAGGACAUCCAUAAAGCAAUUGAUAUAUUCAUCAAGAAUAUAUCAUUGAGUAAAACUAGAUGA